CAUCACAACACAGCACACGACACCAUAGAACAUACCACAACAUAGCGCAACAUGMCCUCCAUCGAAGACGAGCUCUCGCAGAUGCUGACCAUUGGACCCGGCGCCGGUGACUCGAACGAGACGAGCGGAGCCAAGGCGGGUGCCGGCCACAACAAGAAUAAAAAAGACAACAGCAAACCCAACGGCGACGGAGAACGGGACAAGGACAAGGACAAGGACCGUCCCUCGAGGGAGCCACGCGCCAGGAGCCGGAAGAUCCGGUACGGAGGCCACAGCCCGUCCGGGGAGGCCGACCCGAACAAAAACAGCGAUGCCAAGAGCCUCCGGUCCCGAAAGUCCUCCUCGUCGAGCCGGAGCAAGAGCAAGAGCAAGAAGGAGGCCGGGAAAUCGGGGGAAACCCCCGAGCGGGGAUCGAGCAAGAACCGGGAGGGCUCGGCCCUGCCGYCGGCUUCGAAACCGAGGCGUACCAAGCCGUCGGAAGGUGGGGUCAACCAGGAGCUGUUGGGGCAAUCAAACCACUCGAGCCGAUCGAGGUCGAGGCGUUCCAAGGCGGACGAGGCAAGCCGGGAAUCCUCCGACCGGGGAUCGAACCACGAGGCGGCAGCGGCAUCCGGAUCGAGACAGAAGCGCUCCAAGGCAGAGGGGGAGGCAACGGAGGCCCAGGCACCCGAAUCCCAGGCCGAGAGCGGCCGGCAGCAAACCCCCCCGCGGUCUCCCAAGAGCCCAAAGGGAGAUAGGCGCAAGAUACGAUACCGGAAGGAAGCGGGAGAGGGGGGCGCCACCCGGGAGAGGACCAGAGACGAAAAGAGCGUCCGAUCGAGGCAGAGCCGGGCMACCCGCGGGCACAMCCACCGCUCCAAGUCCGACGACCUCCUGGCAACCCGCCGCAACCAGGCGUCCGAGGCGACGGACGAAACCGGGAGGACCGGCGUCAGGAGCUCGUCGCUGCGGUCGAAAACCAAGAAAAUCUCCUACCAGCGGGACGGACCCGAGUCGGCCAGGGAACGAGACAGGGACGCGAGGAGCCUCCGGUCUGCACGGUCGAGGACCCAUCGCAGGGCCAGGGAAGGCUCCAUCGAAGAGAGCCACGACGAGGAAGACCCCGACCUCCUGGACGAGGCCACCCGCCCGAGRAGCAGCCGCCGCCGGGCCCCCACCAUCWCGCAAUCGGCCCACACCCGGSCCACGGAGCGGCGAACCCGGCGGGUGAACAUCUCCAUGUCGAUGCACGAGGCCUCCCCGCCGCCCGGCACCGGCCUCGGCCAGAGGGGAAUCGGCCUCACGGGAAGCACGGCCUCCCGACGGCCGCCCCGGAGGACCGCGGGCGAGGGACAGCAACCCGGGAGCAUCGGCAUGGUCCUGGGGGAUCCCUCCCGCCGGGCGCCGCCGRCCCGKUCCCGGUCGAACGAGUCGGGGGAAAACCGCAAGCCGCCCUCCCGGAGCCACUCGAACGAUUUUGCGGACUUUCUCCGGAAGACGGGCCUGGACUACAAGCCCUCCCGGAGGGUCGUCACCCGAAUGGACGGCUCCACGAACAACAACAACAAGAAUUCCUUUGAGAGCGACGAGGAGGACGGGGACGAAGACAAUCCYUUCGAGGUCACCUACAUAUCGAAGUCGAUCCUCACGUCGCGGUCCCAAUCGGACGCCUCUGACCCCUUUGACCCCUUUGAAGGAUCGAGCGGCGACGAAUUGGAGCUGUCCGGCAAAUCCUCCCGGCCGUCGUCCUCCUCCAACCGGGAGCCCCAGAGAAAACCGGUGGCCCCCACCAAGAGCGGCGGCCUCCUGGCGGCCUCGACGAAGGAUACGCUGUCGCGGCCGAGGGCUCCGAAAAAAGSCACCGGCGAGGAAAAGCACCCUUCUGCCGGGGGCCACUCCGAGGCCGAUGCCAAGACGGAGCGGGCGAAGCAGCGCCGCAACGAGUACAAAAAGUCCCUCGCCGCCGCGGCCAUGGCCGGAAAGCAGCAACCCUCGCAGGAGCCCCUGUCGCUGCCCGGAAAGCGCUCGGCCGGCGGGCGGCAGGGCCGGUAGGGAGGCGGGGGUGGCCAGGGAAAAUUCCGCGCGGCGUCGGGUGUUGGGGCUGUCGCGUAUGGGUUUGGUUGCUUGGCUUUAAUUUGAUGCGAUGCGAUGCGAUGCGAUUUGGUUCUUUUCGAUCCCGGCCCUUUGCUACAACACCUAUGCGGCGUGAUUUGUUGCCACGUUCAAACCAAGCUUCAAGGCAAACCAAACUAAAAUUUAAACUUCAAG